AUGACUAUGCUCAAGGAACCCUGGAAGAAAUACAAGCCGUUCAAGGCUCCUAAACUGCCAAAUCGAACAUGGCCCGACAAAACCAUCGAGAAGGCCCCUCGCUGGCUUUCAAGCUGUCUGCGCGAUGGCAACCAGAGUCUGCCCGAUCCCAUGAACGGCGAGGAGAAGUGGCGAUACUUCAAGAUGCUCUGCGAUCUAGGCUACAAGGAAAUUGAGGUCUCUUUCCCCUCUGCCUCCCAAACCGACUUCGACUUCACCCAGCGCCUGAUCCAGACCCCAGGAGCUGUCCCCGACGAUGUAUUCCUACAAGUCCUUUCCCCCUGCCGACCCGACCUCAUUCGCAGAACCGUCGAGUCUGUCCGCGGUGCUAAGAACGCCAUCAUUCACAUCUACCUUGCCACGAGCGCAUGCUUCCGUCAAGUAGUCUUUGGCUACACUGAGGAGCAGACCCUGGAGCUUGCUGUAGAGUGCACCAAGCUGGUCAGAUCUCUGACAAAGGAUAACCCUGAGGCCUCUGGCACCAAUUGGCAAUUCGAGUUCUCCCCCGAGUGCUUCUCCGACACAGACCCUGACUAUGCCGUGAGAGUCUGCCAGGCUGUCAAGGCUGCUUGGGGACCUGACGCGACCAAGGGCGACCAGAUCAUCCUGAACCUGCCCGCCACGGUAGAACUGGCGACACCCAACAUCUACGCCGAUCUGAUCGAAUACUUCUGCAACAACAUUGGCGACAGACAGGAUGUUUGUAUCUCCCUGCAUCCCCACAACGACCGUGGAUGCAGUAUUGCUGCUGCUGAGCUUGCCCAAAUGGCCGGCGCUGAUCGAGUAGAGGGCUGUCUGUUCGGUAACGGCGAGCGAACUGGAAACGUCGAUCUCGUCACUCUGGCCCUCAACCUGUACACACAAGGUGUCAGCCCUAACAUUGACUUCUCCGACCUGAACUCAGUCAUCGACAUGGUUGAGUCUUGCACCAAAAUCCCCGUCCACCAACGUGCUCCGUACGGCGGCAGCCUGGUAUGCGCUGCUUUCUCUGGCAGCCACCAAGAUGCCAUCAAGAAGGGUUUCCAGGACCGCAAGGCCAAGGGUUUGGGCCACGAGGACCCCUGGAACGGCAUGCCCUACCUGCCCCUGGACCCCCGAGAUAUCGGCCGCAACUACGAGGCCAUCAUCCGUGUCAACUCUCAGUCUGGAAAGGGAGGAAGCGCUUUCAUUGUGCACACCAAGCUCCAGCUUGACCUCCCUCGCGGUCUCCAAGUCGCCUUCUCCAAGGUCGUUCAGAAGAAGAGCGAGGAGGUCGGACGUGAGCUGCUGGCCAAUGAGAUCACCUCUCUGUUUGAGAACACAUACUUCCUCAACAACAACCCUCAUUUCAGCCUGGUGGACUACAGCAUCACACCUGACCGAUCGCGAUCCCCUGCCCCCGCAGCCCACGGCAGAACCCAAGACACCAAGGAUUUUAUCCGUAUCUUUGAGGGUGUCCUGCUGGUGAAUGGCAAGGAGCUGAAGCUGCGUGGCCGUGGCAAUGGUCCCAUUUCCAGCAUGGUUUCAGCCCUCAAGGAGCUUAACAUCGAGUUUGAUGUCAAUGACUACAAGGAGCACGCCAUUGGCGAGGGACGCGGUGUCAAGGCUGCCUCAUACAUCGAGUGCAAGCCCGUUGGUAGCAAGCAGUCAGUAUGGGGUGUUGGUAUCCACGAGGAUGUGGUACAGAGUUCUCUGAUCGCUCUCCUGAGCGCAGCUAGCAACUUCGUCACCAGCAGACCCGCCAGCCCUAUUCAAAAGCCCACUGAUGCUCCUGCUCCCCAAGAGACCCCUAGUGUGGUGUCUAUUCUGGAGGAGAAGGCAAAUGGCAUGUAA